UACACCGUAUUGGGUCUUGGUGAGGAUUAUGAAUCCUUCAUUACUGGCGUUACUCAUUUUUCGGGGCGAUGUCCUUUGAUGAGCUGCGUUCUAUGCUACUAGUUCAAGAACAACGGGUGAUUUUCAAGAAGAACAGGGAACAUGGGCUAGUGACUCAUCAAGCGUUUGCUGCCAGUACUUCGUCUGGUCAUACCAACACUAACUUCUCUACUUCUAAUAACCAUCCGCAGCAAAAACAAUACCAUAAAAAUAAUGGUAAGGGCCGAGGAGGUUGGCGUGGCGGCCGUGGAGGCCGUGGGCGCGGUCGCGGUCACAGUGGCCAGCAACACGGACAGCAGCAAGGGGGUGUCUCAGGGCCACAGCAAAAUGCACACACUCAGAACACUCAAGGAGGCAACUCUAAUGUUGAGGGGGUGUUUGGGACUAAUACUCCUCCUGUAGUUUGUCAAAUAUGCUAUCAUCCAGGUCACUCAGCAAUUUCUUGUCCAUCCCGUUAUGCUCAGACGUCGUCUACGUCAGCUUUUGCUGCACUUCCUACGGGCGAGAAUGAGACCACUACUUGGUUUCCUGAUUCCGGAGCAUCCUCCCACAUGACACAUGAUCAAGGACAACCACUCGGGGGAGGUGCUACUCAAGGCUACUAGUCAGGGGAGUGUAUACCCGAUCACCAUCACCAAUCGUUCUACUCCGCCAAUAGCUCUUUUGACAACCUCCAUUCCUGGUCCAACCUGGCAUCGUCGACUUGGUCACUGUGGAGAUAGAGUUCUAGACACACUUAGAAAAAAUAAGGCUAUUGUUUGUUCAACUAGUUUUAUUCAUGACUGUGAUUCAUGUCGUUUGGGAAAAUCUCAUCGCCUUCCGU